ACAUUUGUUGACUCUAUUUUAUGUUUAUUUUCAGUACGAAUCUUUCCCUUUACACCGUGGCAGUCGGUAUUCUUGAAAUCACGCAAGCCAAACCAGAUGAUAUAUUGAAAGUCAGGAAAAUAAUUUCACAUGAAAAAUAUGACAAAAACUCGUUCCAACAUGAUAUCGCUGUGUUGAAGAUUGAAACUGUGGAUGGAUUAGCCCCUACGCAUAAGGGAAGAACAAUCAAAUUAAAUGAAGAUAAAGUUAAAGAUCACACAAAUUGUACUGUUAUGGGCUGGGGAGUUGUUCGAACGGCAACUCCUCCAAUAGCGAGCCCAUUUUUGAAAUAUGUUUUUGUACCAAUCAAUUCUAGAGUAACAUGUGAUAUGAUAUACAGCAAAACGUUUACUGAAGACAUGUUGUGUGCGGGUACACCAGGAAAAGAUUCGUGCCAAGGAGAUUCUGGCGGACCUCUAAUAUGCAAUGAUAAACUGGCUGGAAUCGUGUCAUUUGGAAAAGGAUGUGCAGUAUACCCUGGAAUAUACACCGAUGUUUCACAUUAUAUAUCAUGGAUUAAAAAAGCACAAAAUUCGGCGAAUGCUAAUAAUCAAUCUCUAUACUUAAUUAUUUUUACACUUGCAACGAAAUCGCAUGCUUCUAACCGCAUAGCUGGUGGUUGGGAAGCACAGACAGGAGACCAUCCCUAUCAAGCAUCCGUGCGAUAUUUGCACGUAGACGCCAAGUACGGCCCUGGAACGGGGCACUUUUGCGGCGCGACAGUGCUUACGCCUACAGCGGUGUUGACAGCAGCGCACUGCGUUAACGAUGAGUGA